GAGCAAUAUUUUUCAACUAGUGUUCAGUUCUGUUGUGUUAGAAUAACUAUGAAAUUGCUAGUUUCCUCUUCCCUGUGGUUUAAUAUUUUGAAGAGACAAAAGCUUGUUAGGUGCUUCAGCCAUGCUCAACCUACGAUUAGUAAAAGUUAUUUUUUCAAGAAUGGAACAGUGCCACUCUCAUGCUUGACUAUAGGGGAAGUUUUAGACAAAACUGCAGAUGACUAUGGAGAUCAUAUUUUACAUAUUUCUCAUCAUCAAGGGAUUUCUAAGAGCUAUUUGAAUGUCAGAAAUGAGGCCGAAAAGUUAGCUUCUGGUCUGAUAGCGUGUGGUCUGCGCAAAGGUGAUAGACUGGGUAUUUAUAGCCCGAACUGUAUAGAGUGGCCAAUAGCUCAAUAUGCUGCAGCUAAAGCUGGUUUAAUAGCGGUUGCAAUAAAUUACGCAUGUCAGCCAUCUGAAUUGGAAUACUGUCUAAAAAAGACUAGCUGCAAAGCAGUUGUGUCUUACGACAAACUGAAGCACCAGAAUUAUUAUGAUGUAUUUAAGGCAAUCAUACCUAAUUUGGAAAACAGUGACCCUAUGAAUCUCCAAAGUGAAAAGUUACCGAAUUUGAAAUUUAUAAUCAUGCUUUCUGACGACACUAAAGAAGGAAUAAUUCGAUAUAAGGACGUCAUGAACAUGGGAAACAAAGAAAGUGAUACCAUUUUAGAAGAGGUCAAAAAACAUCUGAAAUUCGAUGAUCUUCUAAACAUUCAGUACACAUCAGGAACUACCGGUGCACCAAAAGCGGCUGGGCUUUCUCAUCAUAAUAUUGUCACCGGCGCCGUCUCUUCCUUACAAGCAAUGGAAUAUAGUGCGGAGGAACAUAGUAUUGGAUGCUGUCAAGUACCUUUAUUUCAUCUUUUUGGUGUCAUGUUUGGAAUAUUCUGGCCUUUGUUUAAAAAACAAACGAUAGUUCUACCUAGUUCGGUGCAUGACGGGGAAAAAAAUCUAGAGGCCAUAGAAAAAUAUAG